GUCCUCGGUUCGGCCAUCGGCAGCCUGAGGCGCAGAAUCCGGGUCAGUGGCGCCUUGUCUGUGAAUUGAAGCGACGGCCCAACACUUCCACGGGCCCUUCCCCCUCCCCCCUUUUCCGCUAUGUCUGUCGAGGCUCCCCCAACCUCUGCUCCCCCAGUAGCCCCUCCUGCCGGUGUGCGGUGUGCGUCGGCGUCGGCGACGGCGCAAUGGGACCCCACACUCCUCCAUGCUGAGCGGCUGCACGCCAGGAGGGCCGCAGCAGCGGGGGAAAACCCAUGGUACACAUACUGAGUCUUUUGGGGGAGAAUGAACGGGAUGGUCGGUUCUCCUGUCAUGGUUCUCUUCUUUGUUCCUGUUUGUCUGUGGUGAUCAGGCCUAACUACCAGCCGACCAAGGACAAGCUGAAGCUGACGGCCUACCCACUGAAAUACUCAAGGCCGGUGAAUGACGAGAUGACCCCCUCGCCGCAUCACCGAGGUGUGCAUAUGACUUGAAUGUAUGUGACACACACACUGAUGUGACACACACACGUGUGUGUGAAUGUCAGCCCCCUACACCUUCAUCGACGAGACGCCCCUAACAUUCAAGUCACAUACAAAGAAAACAUGGAUCUUGGUGCCUCUGAAAUGUCUGCCUCCUCAGGUCCCAUCGUGUGCCUUCGAUGCUUUACUGUGCUCGCGAGCCGGACGUGCGUCUGGGGUGGGAGAAGAUCCAGAACACACCGACACUGCGGACAUCGGCCAGGAACAUUCUCAAGAAUGCACACAAGUUCAAGUAUUCCGGCCACCCGCCACUUCAUCACUGCACACAGGUGGACGCCCAAACACUCAGACAGUCACCCCAUUUCACAGAGGAUUCGUUUGCAGUCCAUUCCGCCCCCUGAAGUUGCGAAUCCUCUGCCGCGGGACGGCCAGAGGAGCGGCGAGGGGGCGGGCCAGGGCCCCCUGGCAUUCAGGAAGGAGGACGGGCCGGACGGCUUCUUUUUCUCCGGCUAUCCCUACCUGUACCCAUCAGCACAGACCUACUUCGAGCCAUACAACACAGAGGUGCCAAGGAUAGCCUCACUGGCGGGCACCAAGAACGUCGAGGAGCUCGUCGAGGCCGAGAGACAGCUCACUGGUCGGCCGGCGACAGUGCCGUUGAGGGAUGUGGUGGAUAAGAUGCGGCAGGACGCGGAGUUCCGGCAGACGAUGAAGCAGAGAUGGCGGACAAUGAUUGCCAAAGCAGACCACCCACACUUGCAUGGGUCGGGCAGUGGGUGCACACCCAAGAAUGCGUGGAUGGAUGGAUGGAUGGAUGGAUGGCCAACGACGUCUCUCUGUUCUGGUGACGUGCAGAGUGUUCCCGGCGCAUGUGGCGAGGCGUUACAAGUUGGCGACGGUUGCGGUGGGUGAGGGGCAGAGGGAGGCUGCUGGCACUGUCGGCGCGCGGGAGAAAGACAGGGGGGCCACAACCAUGAGGGAAACACCCCAAUACAGCAUCAAGUGAGCGAGACACACAGGCUUCAGCGUGUGUCUCUCUUUGUCGUGUGUACGUACGGUUGGUUCCUCCUGUCUGUCUGUCUGUCUGUCUGUCUGUGUGUGUGUGUUUUGAUCGAUCGAUCGAUCAGGGGUUAUGGCAAGAGCCAUCCUUUGACGCACAAGCAAAUCAUCCCGCCCUACUCGAAUAAGAAACAUCCACUUUAUGAAGCCAAGACGCAAUGAGUGUCCGGAUACUUGGACGGACAGGCGUGGAGGGGUCUGUUGCUCAUGGGCUGCGCACCACGCACUGCAGGAAACAAGACCUCCUCUGUGCUACUCUCCUAGAACCGAACGGAAACGAACGCUCUCCCACUCACAAUACACACCAUCCAUCAAG